UAACUGUACCUGUUGAAGCCCCCAGAGUUCCAGCCAGACCUGAGGCACUAGCAGGUGUGUAAAGCUGGUCAUACUUCUACGCUGCUUGAUUCAUUUCAUACACAGAAACAGAAGAGGCUUCUUGAUGUCGCUCUUACCAUACCUGCCUGUCACCUUCCCAGCAUUGGCUAAUGUUGCUGAGACUUCAGAGACUUCAGGGACUUCUUUCAGUACUCGCAGAAACCUCCCACACCCUGGUGAUGGCACACAGGGACUGUUUUCCUACUCUUAGUCUGAAUGACUGCCAAGAAGGAAGGCAAAGGCGGAACAGUUGGGUGUCAGGCUUUCUCCAUACUUCUAAUCCUUAUUAAACUCCUUUCUGAGCCCAAGGACAAAGCUCACUUAACAAAUGACUUUGAAUCAUGAAUGAAAACUCUUGCUCUUUCCAUGAGAAAGAAAUAAGAGAUGGACAGGUUGAAAGUGUGUGUGCUGUGUGUCCUCCACCAUAUGACAAGGAAAACAGUGUUCUUCAGGCUUUCAGAGGAAUUCCUAUCUCAGAGUUGAAGAACCAUGGCAUCCUCCGCGCCCUGACAGCAGAAGCGAAUGGAUGGGAGCCAGGUGCUGUGAGUGUGGAGGUGCUCAGAGCCCAAGAAGAAUGGGAAGCUGUGGACAACAUCCGGACGGAGACAGGUCAGGCCAGCUCAGACCAGCCUGGGCAGCUAAUCUCCUUCAAUGAAGCCCUGCAGCAUUUCCAGACUGUGGACCUCUCUUCCUUCAAGAAAAAAAUUCAGCCAACUAUUCGAAGGACUGGGCUCGCUGCCCUCCGGCACUGCCUCUUCGGGCCUCCAAAGCUCCACCAGGGCCUCCGUGAAGAAAGGGACUUGGUCCUGACCAUUGCUCAGUGUGGCCUGGAUAACCAAGACCCAAUGCAUGGCCGAGUCCUCCAGACCAUCUAUAAGAAGCUGACUGGCUCCAAGUUUGACUGUGCCCUCUACGGAGACCACUGGGAAGAUCUGGGCUUUCAGGGAGCGAAUCCGGCCACAGACCUGAGAGGAGCAGGCUUCCUUGCCCUCCUGCACCUGCUGUACCUGGUGAUGGACUCGAAGACUUUGCUGAUGGCCCAGGAGAUUUUCCGCCUGUCUCGUCACCAUAUCCAGCAAUUCCCCUUCUGUUUGAUGUCCGUGAAUAUCACCCGCAUCGCAAUCCAGGCCUUAAGGGAGGAAUGUCUCUCCAGGGAGUGCAACCGGCAGCAAAAGGUGAUCCCGGUGGUGAACAGCUUCUACGCCGCCACCUUCCUCCGCCUCGCACACGUUUGGAGGACUCAGCAGAAGACCAUCGCAGACUCCGGCUUUGUCCUCAAAGACUUGGAGGUGUUGGCCAAGAAGAGCCCGAGGCGGCUGCUCAAGACCCUGGAAAUCUACCUGGCUGGAGUGUCAAAGGGACAGGCCUCAUUGUUGGGAACACAGAAGUGCUGUGGGCCACAAGCCUCUCACUCCAAGGACCUCACCUUCACAGGCGUGUGUGACCUGCCACCACAUUCAUCCAAAGGCACGCGGCUGAUCUGACCAACCGGAGGCUGACAGAAAGACCCAGCUGCUGGGCCACGGGGGCUUUGGAAGGGCACUUGGCGCAUUAUGCCAAGUGCAUGCCGGCUGGACCUCCUUGGCGAAUCCAAGGACCCUCACCCGUGUGAGACAUUAGGGACAGUUAGACUCAUCCCAUUCCCCACAGACCUGCCUCCAGAGCGAUGAACUUGCCAUAAUUGGAAUUGAGCUACUUUAGAGUUGGUUUCCAGGUAAUCCCACUGAGUGAAUGGAUCAUGAGGCGGGAAAGCCCUACCUGGAUGUUCUACAUAUCUGCACAUCGAAAGAUAUGCCCACACAGAGGUGCCAGAAUUCUGACUCCCUGGGCGGCAGGCUCUCAGGCCCCGGGUGCCUGCAGGACAGGGACCCUGUGGCUAGAAUUCGAAGGGAGGAGCAGUGGCAGCAGCCAACAGGGGACAGCACGAACCAGAGCAACAGGUCUUCCUCUCCUUCCUCCACCAGGCUGAUAUGGGGCCCCUCUGGGGUUUCUGGUCUCGCACUCACCCCACCCUCAUAUCUCCCCAUGCCUCAGCCCCGCUGUUGAGGAUACAGAAUCGGCUUUCGGCUGGGUGUCUCCACUGCCGCCCAUCCCCACUGCCCACCAGCUGGGCACCCCACUACUGCACAAACCGCACCCCAUGAAGGUGUGCGGUUGCCACCAGGGAUGGUUUUCUGGCCUGGAUGAAGGAGGAGGUUCACACAUCGGCAGCUUUUGAAUAAAAGAAUUGUCCUAGGCCAAGGGCCCCAGGUGUUUUCCUCCAGCCUGGUAGAGCCAGGUGCUCCAGCCCAGUGACGGCACCGGUCCCGGGCUCCAGGAGAGAAGGGUGCUCUGCCCUGGCCAGGCCCCUGCUGAGGGCAUAGAUAUCCAUUUGUACUUACAGGCCCAGAGACUCCUUGCACACUCUAGCCAGUGGGCAAGGUGGCCCUGGCUCUUGUGAAGAUUGCUGUGAGGCAUCCACAGGUUUUCCUAUAUGUGCUUCUGGGGAAGCUCGUAGCUCCGUUGUUCCAUUCCUCCAGGCCAGGAUUUCCUUCGCUGGGCAGCAGGGGGCAGCUGAGACCCCACUACACUGCUCUCCUGUCCUCUGUACUCCCUCCAGUAGACCCACUGAAGACCACUGUCCAGGCCUUGCAGGCCUCACUAAGUCUAACCCCCUGGAGCUGGGGUCCAUCACAGAGGUGGGGAUGAUAGCUAGCCACCGAGGCAGGAAACGGCAGGGACCUCCCCACUGCUGUCAGCAGGAUGCCUCGACUCUGCAGUUUGCCUCGCACAGCACCAUCUUGGCCAGACCUGAACUAAUCCUUCAUCUGCUUUUCUUCCUCCAGUCUGGGUGCUUAGCUGGCCUGCAGGGGUGGCAGAGAGCUUUGUUAGGCUUGGUGGAGCCGGAACACGGAAAGGCUACAGCUCAGCCCCCACUUCAGAGUCAGGUUCCAUAGUUCCCUUCCUGCAGAUUCCUUCCCCUGGCUCUCAGACCGGAAGCCUAACUCAGCAGACCCGGUGGUGAAUGCCCAGGCUGCAGCGUGCUCAGGGAGCAGUCCGCAUGGGCCUCUAGCUGAAGGGGAGGCAGUCCUUUAUAAUCAAGUCACUCCCCGUGUAAUGCUCUCCAGGGCACUCACCUUCAGACCUUGGGACAUUACCAACAACACAAUCCAGGGAUUAAGUUGUGGUUCUGUUGAGGAAGGGUGAGGGGGGGCUGAAACACUCUGAAAGUGGAUGCAAAAGUCUUAACCUGUGCUUUUUUCUUGGGAAGGGCCUACCUAGACCUUCCAUGGGAGACAAAAUG